AUGGCGGUCAAUGAGAUCGUGACGGACCCAGAGCUUGUGACUGUGCUUGCGGCCUCGCGCGACACGCGCCUCCAAGCCUUCAACCUCGUCGACCAGAUUGCCGCCGCCGGUCCAAUUGAUGCGGCAUCCCCCGACGCCCUCCUCGAGACGUCCAAGCAACAGAAACGUCUAAUUACGAAUCUAGCGCAACUUCGAGGGCUACAUCGGGCAGCAAACUUUGCCGCGCGAAACACAAAAGCCCAAACCUCGGAGGCUCGUCAAGAGGUCGAUCGCCUACACCUCCAACUACAGAACCUCUAUUACGAACAGCGGCACUUGCAAGGCGAGAUUGCUGCCUGCGAAUCGUUUGAGUCAGUGCCCACUGCUCCCUACUCACCAUCUGAGCGAACUUGCAAAGAAGAGACACAAGAGGGCGGGCCAGUAGUUCCGGCUUUCGUCACCUCAAACAUAAUCACCCCAACCGACCAAGCCUAUAAAGAUAACAAGAAUAUCGAUAGCGAUCUGGCUUUCACCCACUCGCCAAGCAUUGCCUCUUUGGACAAGAUUCACGCCUCCUAUUGCUAUCCAAUAACCGAUCUUGCGCAAGAGCUAAUAGAAAUAAAAAACAGUCACCCGUAUCAGCAGCUUCCUCUGAUCCCUGUAGAGGAGUUCCUCGCGCUGAAGCCUGAGCACGCCGACGAUGACGAGAAUGCCCUGAUGGUUGCACGGAUUGAGCACGAGCGGACCGAGCGAGAAGCCCUGGAACAAAAACGAAUGGAGCUUCUCAAGCGCAAGCAGAAGCUCAUUGCGGACAACAAGCGGCGCAAGGACGACCUUUCGAACCUAGAUAAAGAACUUGAGAAGUUUAUUGAUUCUGCAAAACCAAUUACCAAGCUAUUCGACAAAAAUGUCUGA